CCGAUCCUCGGCGGGGAAAGGCCGGGCGCCCUUCGUGUAGCUGAAACAUCUCACGGAAUCUCCGCCGGUCUCUUCAGCUCUGCCUUCGAAAGGAUUCACGACCCGCCGGUGGUGCAGCCGAAACCCGAGGCGCAGCUCCCGGUCUCCGGCCCACUCGGUCCCGGUCCAAACAGCGUCCCGCCCACUGACACCCCUCAGCCAAUGGCAGCAUCCCUCUCCCAGCGGUGGUCGCUGAUUGGCUGUGUGUGUGAGGACGGGCUGUUGCUGGGAGCUGGAGCGGUCUGCGUUGCCGCGAGGCGCAGUUAGGUUAUUGGAGAGGUGCCUGUCCGUCUGUGGCGCAGGAUAAAGGGCUGUGCCGAACCUACGGCGUUCAUUCAACGCAGAAGUGUAACAGAAAGUGAAAGCAUUCUGAAUCAGGAAGUGCUGGGAGAUAACAUGGCUUCGAAAGGACCGGCCGAGAGUUUGAGCGAGGAGCUAAUUUGCUCCGUCUGCCUGGAUUUCUUCACCGAUCCGGUGUCACUGGAGUGCGGACACAACUUCUGUCGCUCUUGUAUCACACGGUGUUGGGAAAGGGAGCAGAGAAACUCCUGCCCGGAAUGUAGAGAGGAGUUUGCUGACCGCACCCUCAGGGUGAAUCGGGCCUUAGCAAAUCUGGCUGAAUCAGGAAUUGCAAACACGAGGAAAUCUGCAGAUGCUGGAAAUUCAAACAAUACACACAAAACGCUGGUGGAACUCUGGUGCUCCCCUCCCCAUCAACUCCUUUAUGUCUCGGCCCGAAACGUCGGCAGUGCUUCUCACUAUAGAUGCUGCCUGGCCUGCUGUAAAAGCAUUCUGAAUCAGGAAGUGCUGGGAGUUAAUAUGGCUUCGAAAGGACCGGUCGAGAGUUUGAGCGAGGAGGUGAUUUGUCCCAUCUGUCUGGAUUUCUUCACCGAUCCGGUUACACUGGAGUGCGGACACAACUUCUGUCACUCUUGUAUCACAAAGUAUUGGGAAAGGGAGAAGAGAAACUCCUGCCCGGAAUGCAGAGAGGUGUUUGCUGACCGCACCCUCAGGGUGAAUCGGACCUUAGGAAAUCUGACACAAGAAGUUCGGAAUCUAAACCUAAAUCCGAAAGGAAAGGAAAGUAUACGUCACUGCGAGGAACAUGAGGAAGAACUGAAGCUGUUUUGUGAAACGGACAAGACACUGAUCUGUGUGAUCUGUGCAGCUGCGCAGGAACACAGAGAGCAUCGAUUCGUGCUGAUUGAAGAAGCUGUUAAAAACUACAAGGUAAAACUAACGUUAGUUUAAAACUUAACACAUUUCCUUUGUCCUACAAACCAUCACACGAGCCUUCAUAACCAACACAUCAUUCUUUGCAACUUACAUCAUCUCCAACGGGAUUCUAGCAUCUCCGUCCCACGGCCCACCGCCGCACCCCGAACUCUCCGCUCUCUGUACGGAUCGCUCCCCGUACUGUAUCGUCCUGAUCCACACGCUCCUCCCCACUGAUCUCUCUCCUGGCACAGACACCUGCAAGCGGUGUCAGUUUCCCAUUCCUUCCCAGUCCUGAUGAAGGGUCUCAUACCGA